AUGCUGGGCUUCGAGAUGCUAGUGUCGGGCCUCGGGACUGCGGUGCUGACCAUCAUGGUCAACCACACCUACGGGCUCAGCGAGCUGAAGGCGGACUUCCAGGAGUUCUACAAGAAGGCGGCCGUGAAGCCGCGGGAGCCGCACGCCUUCCUGAUGACCGACUCCCAGAUUGUCGACGAGCGCUUCCUCGUGUACGUCAACGACAUGCUGUCCAGUGGCAACAUACCCGACCUGUUCGCCCGAGAGGAGUACGACGACAUCUUCGGCCAGAUCCGCAACGUGGCGAAGUACCAGGGCUACGCGGACGACAGGGAGUCGCUCUUCACGUUCUUCCUGGACAUGGUGCGCAGGAACCUGCACUUCAUCCUCUGCCACUCGCCGGUGGGGAGCGCGUUCCGCAUCCGCGGGCGCAAGUUCCGCCGGGGGGGCCGCGUGGGGAGGCUGGCGGCGCAGCGAGGGGUCGCCGAGUCGCCGCCUG